AAAAUUCAGAAACCCAAAAAACUAGGAAAACAUGUUAGCGAAAGAAACGGCUGGUGCUGCCUUCGAUCUUCCCGUGGAGGUGUUGGAGGUGUUACCUUCCGAUCCAUUUCAACAGCUCGAUGUUGCUCGCAAGAUCACCUCCAUUGCUCUCUCUACUCGUGUCUCCUCCCUCGAAUUGGAGUCCUCCGACCUACGCCAACAGCUCGCUGACAGGGACGCUGUCAUCGCCGACCUCAACUCUCAGCUUGACUCUCUUGACUCUUCUCUGUCCCAAAACCUCCACAAACUGUCCAUUGCUGAUCAGGAAAAAGAAAAUUUGUUGAAGGAGAAUGUAUCACUGUCGCAAACGGUUAAUAAGCUCAAGCGUGAUGUUGCUAAGCUGGAGAGCUUCAGAAAGACACUAAUGAUGUCACUUCAAGAUGAAGAAGGAAGUUCUGCAACAGCUCCUCCGGUUGUUGCAGCCAAUGUCCAAAACCAUACAAGCUUAUCAUCUCAAACAUUUUCUGGAGAAGAAGAGGAAACCGUGCCACCUUCUAGUUUUUCGUCAAUUAAGAGUCAAUCCUCAGAUGUAGGAAAUUCCUAUCAUGAUGAGCAUGUGAAUGAUGCCUCAAGACCUCGUGUAUCACCAAGCCUUUUGUUAGCAUCCCAAACAAACACACCUCGGCUUACGCCUCCUGGAUCCCCACCAAGUCUAUCGGCAUCUGCAUCCCCAUCAAGGACUCCUAAGCCAGUUUCUCCAAGAAGACACUCAAUUGCAGUUUCAAGAGGAUUGUAUGAUGACAAAUCUUCGGUCUUUUCAUCUGCAAACUCAAGCCCAUAUAGCUCCAUGUCAGGACGGACUCGAGUGGAUGGUAAAGAAUUUUUCAGACAAGUCAGGAGCCGAUUGUCAUAUGAGCAGUUUGCUGCAUUCUUAGCAAAUGUGAAGGAGCUAAACUCCCAAAAGCAAACCAAGGAGGAUACUCUGCGGAAGGCGGAUGAAAUUUUUGGACCGGAUAACAAGGACCUCUAUGUUAUAUUGGAGGGGUUAAUUACUCGUAACUUUCACUGAAACGAAUACACGAUGUUUGUCGUCUGUGAUUAUGUCGCACUAUUUCCUUUCAUGUAAAUCGCCUUUUUUUGAAUAUUAUUUCACAUCUGAAAAUCUUUUUAUCUGAUGUAUUUGUCUCACUUGUAUUUAUAAGUUUCUUUUUAGCAAUGGUGGUUCGUCAUCAA